GACUGCUGUUUUCUCUGAUUCUGAUACUUUAACAGUGCUGGGUAAUAAUCCAAGGUUCCCCCUGCUUUCGGCAAUGGACGAAGCCUCUGCAAACACACGACAGCGGCGGCACCACGAGAACCAAGAACACUGCAUAAUGCUUGUCGACUGAGGUCAGCACGUUGGGCGAUCUUGUGAUCGCCAUGGCCUCGGUGUUCCCCGCCACCGGUACCACAUGGUACGGAGCAGAAUUGGAGCUUCUUUCAUGUCAGAAACAAAUACAGCUCAGGUGGGUCAACAGCGGGACAUGUGGUUGCUUGCCAUGGAUUGUCCUCGUGUUUGCUUUGAGAGCCUCCUUGGGAGCAAAGGGUGGCAGUAAAACGCGGUUCCCAAGGAAGGACAACAUCAAUGUCAUCGAGUGAUGGCACAACUGCAGUGGUACUGCACACCUUUUGCAUGGGUCCUUCCUGCCAUUUUUCAUCUUCGUGUGAUGUACUGCGGCUCUCAUUAUGCAUAAAUGCCCGUCGCGUUAAGGUCUGUGCAGCACCACAUCACUUGCGCCUCCUCACUCGCACUCCAACAUGAAAGACCCACUCAUCGUGCAGAAAUGUGGAGAGAAUACCUUCUCAUCCCCCUCCUCCCCUUCCUCCUCCAGUAUCACCACCAAUGCGUCGACCGAGGUGGCCCGCAACUCGGAGGUGAUCUCGAGUAAAGCCGCCAAGAGAAAAGCUCAGGCGGCCGGUGACAAGGGCGCUAAGAAGCGCAGCAGUGACGGGAAGCAGCCUUCUUACCGCGGCGUUCGAAUGCGUAACUGGGGCAAAUGGGUGUCGGAGAUCCGGGAACCCAAGAAGAAGUCGAGGAUCUGGCUCGGGACAUUCCCCACCGCCGAGAUGGCCGCCCGAGCGCAUGACGUGGCCGCGCUGACGAUCAAGGGGCCAUCCGCACACCUCAACUUCCCCGAAUUGGCUUCCAAGCUACCGCGGCCGGCCACAGCAGCACCCAAGGACAUCCAGGCGGCCGCGGCGCUGGCUGCCGCGGCCACGUUGGGUGGUCACAGCCCGGGGCUCUGCGGGAGCCCGGAAUCAGCCCCGAGCCAGAACGAGCCAUCACCGAUACCCCACUCUCCCGCUCCCACGUCGCCGCGCAGCGAUGACGACGGUGCUCUCUUCGACCUACCUGAUCUCUUGCUUGACCUAAGAGAAGGCUUCGGCCACUCCUCAUCGUGGAACGCUUCCUCGGCGGAGGCCGGCAUCGAGUUCAGGGUGGAGGAGCCAUUCUUAUGGGAAUACUACUGAUGCUCAUAGCCUCCUCUCAUGGUUUUUCUCUACCUACUUGGGGCAUAUCAAUUAGCGACAGGCAUAUCAAACUCUUCGGUAUACUUCACUAAGAUGUAUAUAUAUAUAUAUAUCUAUCGAUCAAUCUAUCUAUGUAGCUAAUUAUGUCCAUCUACAAUGUAAUGGUGUGAUAUAGACUUCGAAUUCUGAUGUAUGAGAACACGAAACGGAGUUCAAGUCGCA